UUUUGCUUUUCCGAGGAAUUUUCCGGACAACAAUAAAAUCCAGGAUGAGAAAAAUACUGAGAAUUUUGUUCUGAUUGGAGGGUCAUCGAAUGAAAAAAUAAAGUCUAAAAUACAAGAUGAUAAAAAUUUUCGUUCUGGACAUUAUUAUUCUUUAGUUCCGAUGGCAAUAGCACAUACAAAACCAAAUUCCGAUUAUUAUUCAUUGGCUCCACCACAACAUAACAAUCAUCAUCAUCCAGCCAACGGAUUGAUUAACGCAAAUGUUCAACUUUUAGAGCCAUUCAUGUUGGUCACCUUCUUACUAUUUGUUCUGAGCUUACUUGAUAAGGCAAAAAUGAUGCCAAUAUCACGAAUUGAUACGGAUUUUCAGCUUUACGAAGGAUACACAAAUUUUAUAAAUGCAAAAAGAAAUCAAACAGAUUUUUAAAAUUAUUCUUGUAAACCUACUUUUAGACUGCUUUAAGUACUUAACUAAAGUAUUUUCAACUCUUAAUAAUUUAGCGGAUUAGGAACGGUAAAUGUUUUUGAAAUUUAAAAAGUUAUCCAAAAAACAAGCACGUGGAAUCAGGAAAUUUCAGCUCUUUAAAAAAUAAGUUUCAAUUCAAGUUUAUACUAUAAUUAAGUCAAAAUGAGUUGGAUUAAUUGCUUGCCAGACUAUGUAAUGGUCGAAAUAUUUGAAAACAUGACUCCAAAAAUGAUUAAAAGUUGCUGUUUGUUCUGUAAAAGAUGGGAUGACAUAAUCAGCACCUCAAAGCAAUUAAUGGGGAAAUAUAGAUUGAGUUUUAAUACAUCUUUCGAUUAUAAGAAGUCGAUGCAUCUCAAACGGAAGUAUCAAGAUGUUAAUAUUAAAAUGUUAUUUUUGCCAUCGUUAAAAGCUAUAAUUCGCCACAACAUUCAUACACUUGAACUAAGUUCCCGACCAAUACUAAAGCUUUCAAUAUUCAUUCAAUUGCUAAACAGUAUACCGUUGUUAAAAGUUUUGAAAGUUGAUUUCGAGACAUUUAUUUAUGACAUACAAAACAUCGAGGAAUCAAUGAAAGUAUCAACAAAUCUUGAGGAAGUAAGAUGUGUUGCUGAAAUCUGUCAUAUUUUCGGCUGUAGCACUAUAAAAGUUUUAGAUUUGUUCUGGAAAGAAACAAUCAACUAUAAAGGGAGGUUGUUAAUAUUUGAGUACCUGAACAAGCAGAAGCAUCUUGAGGAUUUUAAGUUAAAUGAACACGCCAAUGGCGAAUUCUUUAGAUAUCAAGCUUCGAAUGCUCAAAUGUUUGCGUUUUGCUUAAAAAUCUUUGUAUAUUAUACCUCUAGAUUCGACAAAUAUCAGCAACUCAUCAACUUUUUAGAGCUGCAUAAAAAUCUUUAG